AUGGACUCGUACGAGCAGCACAACGAGGUGACCACGUCAUACGACAGCAGCUUGAAGCAGAACUUCUACGGUUACGAUUACGCGGGCUGCGUGGAUAAGGCUAGGGACGUCAGCAAGGAGUACGUCGACGCUUCAGCCCUGUCCACCCCCUUCUCCGUUAAGGACAUCCUCAGCAUAAACCAGGGCUGCUACGAACGCGAGAGCUGGCGGCAGGGCGACAGGAGGGACUUCGACAUUCCGUACCAGAACAGCCAGCCCUUCUGCCCAGACUUCGGGCAGACGUACCACGGCGCGCCGCACGCGGGCCUCGAUCCGUACCGGAGCGACGCGUACUACGACGAGUACCACGCGUACAACCCGUACUACCCGUACCAGCAGGAGUACGACGCGUUCUCAACGUACGCGGCGGACGGUCCCAAGCCGGACAUCUUGCAACGCGAUGCCCCAGCCCUGGUCCCCUCACUAGGGGUCCCCUGUGCAACCGACAAAACCCUCCAGUCAGCAAUACCGAAUUGCGCGCCGUACACAAAGGAGUCUUUGGAGAAGUUCACACACUUAUCCCGAAAAGGCACUAAGACGCCAGUCCGCAAUGCCAAGUGUGAGAAGGACAAAUGCGCGAAGAGGAAGCCACGCAUCCUCUUCUCCCAAGCGCAAGUGCACGCGCUGGAGAUACGAUUCCGUGCGCAGAAGUACUUAACGGCACCGGAGAGGGAGCAGCUGGCGAAGACGCUCAGCCUGUCGCCAACACAGGUCAAGAUCUGGUUCCAAAACAGGCGGUACAAGAGCAAGAGGAUAAAGCCGCCAGAGGUCAGCACAUCCACGGACGCGAAGCCGAGCAAGCAAUGCGCGGGAAGGAAACUCUACAAGCCGGAAACUAGGAACGUCCAAACAUGUCCAAAGAUGAAGAGCGAAAACGACGAGACGGUUUGCGAGGACGGAACACCGAACGCAAUUUAUUUCGACGACGGCGAAACGUACUACAGGCACGGGUUGUGCUCCGACGAGAGUGUUGGAACGAGCACCGCCGAUGCGCUCUACGUUGCGGAACACGUUCCGAAUGUUCCCCGCGAGAUGGACCUCUACGCGGAACACGAAACGAAACCUAUUGUCCAUCAGCAAACGAAGUUCUACGGCAUGAACUUCGUUUGC